CGCCCACCUACCAGAUGGUCUGCAAGGCGUGGAAUAGUGUGUGAGCGCCAUUUCUUCCUGCAGCAGGCCCUCUAUACGUGUGAUAAAGGCACUACAAGACCCAGGCCAGGAAAUAGCUAGCUGGGGUACCAGUGUAGAGCAGUUGAAUGACAACAGGAAGAUAAUAACACAGCCGCGAGUGAUAUCGGAAGACACGAGCGACAUUGGAGCACCGCGGAACUCAUGUCGCCGGGUACGAGCUGCGCACUGCGGGCGCGGGCCGCAUUGCUGAGCGAUUAGUGCACGCGGCGCUCUCCGCGUCAGCGCCGCGUAAACAAUCGUCGCGCUACAUAUACAAACAAACAUACAGCGCUCGUCAUCGCCCCUAUACAGCAGGUUGCCGUUUAUUGCGGCCGACGCAGCUUUUACUUUUAAUACCAUACCAAGCUUAACUUGUAACCAUUGUAGACAAACUGAAUCACGACAUACAUCUUAUUAACACCAAACACGUUUCAUGUCAAUUACACUUGUACCGUUCCAGUUGUAUAACAACAUUAAAAGGCUAGACGCAAGUGUACAAUCAGAGUUCGUCUGUGUUCUCACAGGCACAGAAACGGAAAACAUACGGAAAUAAUAGCAUGAGUUUAGGAGAAUUAGCGGCGUUUGCGACAAGUCGUUCAGUAUUGAGGCAGGUGUUUGGUAAAUACGGGCGCGGCGCGGCGGAGCACCCUGUGCACGCGAUAGCGGCGCAUUGUUGGCGCGGGUAUAAACGCGGCGCGCGCGCUGUCUCGCCACCAGUCGCAGCCGCGCCUUCAUUCGACAUGAUCGCCUUCAAGAACACUAUCGUCUAUUUCCUGCUCUUCUCCGUAGCCGUGCUCGGUAAGCACAAAAAGAUGAAACCCAAGAAGUUCGUUUCGCCCACCACCAAAGGCAUCCAGUGCUACAACUGCCUGUCGUUCGACCACCCCGGCUGCUGGGACCCCGACCACCCCGACUACGCCAACAUCACGGUGCCCAACAUCGACUGCUACAUCCCCGGCAUGGCGUUCCUGUGCAUCGUCAUCACGUCCGAGUCCGCCAAGCUGGUGGAGACGGGCCAGGAGAUAGGGCCGGUGCGCGCGCGCACGUGCGUGCCCGCCAAGGACUUCUCCAAGAAGACGGUGUCGUACUCGAUGUGCAGCAAGCUCAGCAAGGAGCUGUCGGCGUCCGAGAUAUUCUCGCGUAUCGCAGUCAGCCGGCCGCAGUGCACGCUGUGCAAGAAGCACCUGUGCACGGACGCCUCGCACUGCUAGCGCCGCCGAGCGCCCGUACAAUGGGAGAUGUUGCGCAAUGUGUUUAUUCGACUACCGAAGCAGUUUCCAUUCUAAGAAAUGCAAAAACGUAUAGUACUUUGUAGUUUGAAACUAACACAUCUUAUUGAACUAAUCGGAGUUGUUGAGGCGAGAGACGCGCGUUUCGUUUGUUUUUUAUAUUUCAAUUAUUUUAAUAAACUUUUUAGAUUACCUAAUGUUUGUUUUGAUUGUCUGAAUGCGUCAGCCGGAGCAUCGAGUCACGCCCUGGAAUGGUUGCCGUCAUACAAACAAUGCGAUUGUUUGCGAUUGUUAUUUAUGUAACGGAUCAUAUAUUUGUAAACACGAAUGCGAUUCGAUUACCUUCUCGAGCAUGUGGUACACGUCGGCGAGGUCGACGCCGGGGUAAGGCGACAUGCCGUACGUGGCGAUCUCCCAGAGCAGGAUGCCGAAGGCCCACACGUCGGACUUGGUGCUGAAGGUGUUGUAGGCGAGCCCCUCGGGCGCCGUCCACUUGAUGGGGAACUUGGCGCCGGCGUGCGCAGUGUACGUGUCGUCGCGCAUCAGCCGCGCCAGCCCGAAGUCCGCCACCUUCACCAGGUGGUUCUCGCCCACCAGGCAAUUGCGCGCCGCCAG